GUUCUGUUGGGGGUCUGAAGGCAAGGACCAAGGAGCAGUGACCUGCAGAGACAACAGCAAUGGUCCAGUGGACUGGUUCAUCUUAUACAAGGCACCUGGAGGGAAGAACCAGAAGAUCAAGUACUUUUACACUGACUCAAAAUCCACAGUGUCACACAUGGUCCCAGAUACACCCGGCUAUAAGAACCUGAACCAUUCAGAAGGCAUCCUGGCCAACACGCUGAGGCCAAUCUUAGAGCCAGUUAGAGGCAUGUGACCAAACUUUGGAUUCAUCAGCUACAGCGAUCAACCUCCAGGAUGUUGCUCAAAUAAAACGUUUGGCCACAGUAAAGGUAAACACCUGCAGUACAUCAGAGCUUUUCCAUUCGAACAUGAUAUUCCAGAUGAUUUCCAUCAAGAGCUCAUAGAUGCAACAAAAUGGGUUCAAGCUCCCCCACCGAGUAACUACCAAAUGCUGAUAUCAAGAGAAGGUCAGCUCUUUCUUAGCAUUGCUAAACAACAGCUGGAAAACCAAAAAGAUUCAGUCCUGCAGUGCUGUGCAGGAAACUGUGAGCAGGACACAAGAGAAGAGCUGCUUUCUGCACUCGAGCUAAAGCUUUAACAUCCUCAACAACGAGCAGCUUCACUCAUCGUCGACUCUCACAGGAAGUCAUGUGGAAACUGCUGUUGACCUUCAGUCUGCUUUGCUGGACGUCUGAGGGCAGUGUGACCUGCAGAAAUGAAAACAAUGGUGAAGUGGACUGGUACAUCUUGUACAAGACGCCCAAGACAAAUACUUUACAGGGUGUGGAGUAUCUUUACAUCGAUUCACAGGGAAUGAGAAGAGGCACCAAGGCCAUCAACGAUCCUCAGGGUGUCCUGGCCAAUACUCUCAAGACCCUUUUUCAGCCAGAUGGAUCCAUGCCACCAAGCUUUGGAUUUAUCAGCUAUGGUGAUCAACUUCCAAGAGAUGUAGCUUCUCAAAACUUUGGUCACAGUAAAGGCGUUCUGCUCGUGAAUGAAAGUGGAACUGGAAUCUGGCUCCUGCACAGCACACCAAAGUUUCCUUAUGCAAGAGAUGAAAAUUCCUUCUGGCCUUCAACUGGAGUAAAAAAUGCACAGACAUUUAUCUGUGUAACAUUUCCCUAUGACGAGUUUAGGAAAAUUGGUAAACAUCUGCAGUAUAUUCGAGCUUUCCCAUUUGACCAUCGUAUUCCAGGAGAUUUCCACACAGAACUACAGGAUGUUGUAAACAAGGUUGAUGUUCCUCCAGAUGAUAAUUUUCAGCAACUGACCUCAAGUAACAGGUCAAACUUUUACAGCAUCGCAAAAAACUAUAGCUCUGCUGAUGAUGAUGGUGAAGAUCUUUAUGUCAAUAUCGCACAAAAAGUCAGCAGUGAUCUGCUCGUCCAGACGUGGGGCUGCCAGAUGAGGCGGGAUACAUCCUUCUGUAAAGAGAAUAAAUUCAAAGUGGAAAAUAUCAAUACUACAGCAACUAGCCUCGGUCAAUGGAAUAAUACAAAGGACCAUUCCAAGUGGUGUGUAGCUAAAGAUCCAGAGAAUAACUGGAUGUGUGUUGCUGAUGUAAACAGAGCCCCGAGCCAGUACGCUAGGCGUGGAGGUGCACUGUGUAUUAAUGAUAAAAAAAUAAAAGACAUUUUUCAGAAUUUUGCAAACAAAAUUGAGGACUGUCAAAACAGGAGCCUCCUGGACAUCCUGAACAUCAUGAACCCCGACUAUGAUCCAUAGCUACAUACUGACUAAAAAAGGCUAUUAUUAGCAGUCUGUGUUACUCUAAAGCAUUUGGCAUGUCUAAAAUUAAUUUAUAUUUUAAAUCUAUUGAGCUCGUUUCCUGCAUGUUUUGAUCUAUGAUCAUACAGAAAGAUGGAGUAGAAUUACAAGAGAAAUAUAUAGAUAAAUGCAGUGCAGAUUAAUAGCUACCUAAUGAUGACAAAGUAAAGUAAUCUCUUAUAUUCAUAUAAGUGGUUAUGUUCAAAUGUACCUCAGCUGGAAAUUUAAUAUGAAAUUAAAUGAUGAAAAAUUAUGUCAAGGAGCAAAAACGUUUGGAAAACAUCUUGCUAUUUGAAAUACCUUAUUAUGGAAAUAAACAUAUAAUAGGAACAUGCUUAUCCUGUGCUAAUGCUUUACAUGCAACAACUAAUCCAGAUGUGUGUAUAUACAUUCUAACCGAUAUCCGAAGUCACGUCUGGUUUGUAACAUCAAACUGCAGGAUUAUUGUUGCCGUGUGAAAACAGGUGAUGUGUGUUUGCCUUGCAAAUAAACUUUAAUCAUAUUUAAAGUGAA